UAAGGAUUGCAUGUUGCGUAAAUUUAUCGCUUAGGAAUGAUUCUUUUUUAUUGGUUAAUAUCCAUUGCAUGCGUUUUCCUGAUUUCUCUGUUGUUAGUAAGAAUAUACACAAAUAUAUCUUGGUAAGGUAGCCGUACUACAUUCAUUUAUUGUAUUGUUUUUUUUAUCGGCUUCUUCUCCAUUUUAUCUUCCCUUGUCAGACAUACUGGUUGUAUCACAUAUGUGUUGAUUGAUGGAUAAUACAACCAUUACAGCAAUCAAUGAACAAACAGGCAUUACUGUCACAAUUAUGUUUACCAUGUAUUAUUGCAUUGUAUUUCUGAGUGGGCUUAUCGGCAAUGUAUUGAUAUUGAUAGCUGUAUUAAAGUUCAAACACAUGAAAACAGUAUUCAACGGAUUUCUUGCAAACUUAGCAAUUACUGACAUCUUAUUUGUUUUGUUUUCCAUAUUCAAUGCUGUUGAUUUUUACGUUGGCGAGUGGGAAUUUGGAGAAGUUUGGUGUCGCGUUCAGGGCACCUUUAUUGAAGCUUCAUACACAAUAUCAGUUUUGACACUUGUUGCAGUCGCUGUAGAAAGAUACGUUUCCAUAUGUUAUCCACACAAACGAAAACGUACGUUUAAACAAAGUUUAUAUAUGUCCGCUGCAUUGUGGAUGAUUGCUUUCAUAUUUUGCUCUCCCUUGUUUUACGGCUAUUUCAUACGAUUAGAGGAAACAUCCGGACAAACAAAUAAAAAAAGCAAAAAAAUAUGCGCAAAUGAUAACUGGUCAAAAAAAUCUCGAUUAAUUUUUUACGUCGUUCAUUCUGUUUUGAUUUAUUUACUUCCAUUGACUGUCAUGUGUAUAUCGCAUUACAGAAUAUCGAAAGUUCUCAUCAGACAAAAAAAGGUUCAGCCAAAUACCUUAGGUGUUAGAAAUAAAAACACUGGCGAACCUAACAAUGGAAGCACCAUUGGAUCGACGAACACAAGAAAAGGACGACUCCCAGUAUUGCAAAGAAGUCAACAACGUAAUAUAAAAAAACGAAUUAAUAUCAUUAAGCUCUUCCUUGUUGUGACUGGCAUAUUUUUCAUUUUAUGGACACCAUUCAUUGUGAUUCGGUUAGCAAAAUAUUUUAACACACAUGUGCAUGUGAUGAUUUGGAGAACGUCUCAGCUACUUAUCCUUGCUACUGCUGCAGUUAAUUGGAUUAUUUAUGCUCUGAUCAGUCCAUCGUUUAAAAAAACUUUUAAAUGUAUACUUGCCUUUGACUUUAACACGAAUUCGACAUGCGUUAUGAAUGAAACUACAAGGGUUGGUUCAAUUGCAAAUUAA